AAAACUUCGGUUUGUCACACUCAACACCUUCAUCACAUCUAUAUAGCACCUCUAAUACAAGCACGAGUGACCGGGUGCGCUUUUCUGAGAGUGGGAAGAGCGCACAAAGGCGGGAGCGCGCAAACAAAGGAAAGUGAUGCUGAGGGGACGCGCCUGAUGAAAAGCACAAUGGACGCGCGUUUGAGCUUUAUUUGGUUUCCUCAGUGAUGAGAGAGAUUGAGACUGAUGUUAGUCAGCGUGUCUUGACCAGAGAGAGAGAAAGAGAGAGAGAGAGAGGCGUGCACGAGCAUCAUCCGGCGUUAUUCAGAAAGCGCAGUCUCAGAAGCGAGGAUGUAAACUGUGUGUCUUUUUAAUCUGAGUAAACAGUGUUCAAAUAGCUUCAUAUUCACUUAUAGCCAACGGAAAUACGUUAUCCGUCAUGAAAUUCCCGUUAGAGAAUCCGAGGAAACAGGUGAACUGGGAUCCUGAACAAGUGGCCGUUCAGACCAACAUGGUCCCGCAGAAGAAGCCGCAGUCGGGUGCAGUCCAGUCCAGUCUGGUCCAGGCCAGUGUUUCGGCCAUGCAGAACCCGAUGGGCUGCGAGCUGAAAAACGGUCACUGUCUACUACCACGACUGUCAAUCUCAUCCCGAUCGGCCAGCGUCCUCACCGGCAUGGAUUCUGGAGCGGACGGAUCGGCUCUGCACUCCGUCAUGAAGUGGAAAACGGUGCUGGCUGUGUUUGUGGUGGUGCUAUCGUAUUUAGUGUGCGGAGGUCUAGCGUUUCAGGCACUCGAACAGCCCUUCGAGAGCAUCCAGAAAGACUCCAUCACCCAGAAGAAAGCCCAGUUUCUCCAGAAAAACCCCUGCGUCUCUCAUGCCGACCUCGAGGCGCUUAUUAAGCAUGCAGUAGAAGCGGUUAGCACUGGAGUGAGUCCUAUUGGAGACGCGUCCUAUAACUCCAGCCAGUGGGAUCUCGGCAGCGCUUUCUUCUUCGCUGGAACCGUCAUCACUACAAUCGGCUAUGGAAACAUCGCUCCCAGCACUGAGGGCGGCAAGAUUUUCUGCAUCCUUUACGCCAUAUUUGGCAUCCCUCUGUUCGGCUUCCUGUUGGCCGGGGUCGGGGAUCAACUGGGCACGAUGUUUAUGAAGAGCAUCCUGAGGGUGGAGAAAGUUUUCAGGCAAAAGCACAAGCAAAUCAGUCAGACCAAAAUCCGCGUGACCUCCACCAUCCUCUUCAUCAUCGCCGGAUGCAUCGUUUUUGUCACCAUCCCAGCGGUGUUUUUCAAGCACACAGAGGGAUGGAGUACAUUAGACGCCAUUUACUUUGUCGUCAUUACGCUCACGACCAUCGGCAUUGGAGAUUAUGUUGCAGGAGGAGAUCGGAAAAUUGAAUACAUGAAAUGGUACAAGCCUCUGGUGUGGUUCUGGAUUUUGGUGGGUCUGGCGUACUUUGCAGCAGUUCUCAGCAUGAUUGGAGAUUGGCUCAGGGUUCUGUCCAAGAAAACAAAAGAGGAGGUUGGACAACAAGUUGGAGGCAUUAAGGCUCAUGCAGUGGAAUGGAAAGCAAACGUCCGAGCAGAGUUACGUGAAACAAGACGCCGUCUUAGUGGAGAAAUUCACGAUAAACUCCAGCGAGCUGCGACUAUUCGCAGCAUGGAGCGCCGGCGUUUGGGUCUGGAGCAGCGUGCGCAUUCGCUCGACAUGCUAUCGCCUGAAAAACGAGCGGUUUUUGCUAGUUUGGAUGCCGGACGCUUCAAAACAUCCUCGCAGGAGAGCAUCGACACAAAACUCAACAACCUGCGCCUGAAGGCUAAAUGCGGAGAGCAGCAGACGUCUUCAGAAGAAAACAUCUUCAACCGCUUCGGCUCGCUCACUAAACUAGCCAAACGCAACAGGAGUAAAGACCUGCGCAGGAAUAUUCAGGAGGAUCCAACUCAGAUAGACGAACUCGACAACGUCACGCUGGGAGAAGAGAGACAGGAGGAGGAGGACGAGGACCAGAUGGAGGAGGAGGAGGAGGAGAAGGUGGAAAAACAGGCCAACACUGGAUUUACCUGUCUGCCGCACUAUCCUGAGGAACCCAAACAGCAGAACGGUCUCGCACCCGCUCAGGUUAAGGAACAAGAGCGAAAUAAAAGACUGGAGCUGAAGGAACACCAACCGUAGGCACACGAUCACACCUGAAGGGCCAAAUUCAUACAGAAUGUGUUUCAUAAAGAGGCUGAGAGAGCUUUAAAUGCACUGCAACAUGAGAAAACACCCAAAUAGACAAAACACCAGCAUAUAAAGAAAGCAUCUUCAUCGGUUUGAUGUUGCACGUGUUGCAUAUCGUCACAAAGCAAACGCAAAUAGAAAACAAGUUGCAAAUCCUUACAACACAUGCACACUUUCAUCUGAAAAAUACUAAACAAAAAGCAAGUUGACUGAAGUAAGCACGUUGUAUUUAUGUAUAUUAUGCUGUCUUCUCAAGGGUGAUGGCUCGGUGGUUAGCACUGUGGCCUCACAGCAAGAAGGUUGCUGGUUUGA